UCUGAACUUUUGAUGAGCUUAAACUUAACCCAGACUUGAUGUCUCUAUCUGAACUUUUAACCGAAGCUCUGACCUGCGAACUACUCAUGACACCCCCCCUCCCCUUAAGUAGCCAUCUCCCCUUAUCUCUUUCUGAAUUUACAUUUUAACCUGUUUUAUCCUGUAGAAUCUUGUUUGAUUAUGCAUGACGAUUAUGAUCUGUUAAUCACUUUGUUUACUUCUGUGUAUAAAUAUUGAUGCUCACCCCUAAUAAACUUGCCACACUUACUCUGAAGCCUUUCAAGCUAAGGAUAGUGUGAGCCCGUUGAUCAACGAAUUGGUGUCUGGUCUCUGACAGAUUGUGAGCCCAUACCAACUCCGCACGAACUCGGGUGCUGGAGAGGUGAGUGAGGACUUGCUUUUUUACCUAACAAUUUGGGGGCUCGUCCGGGAUUUCCUUCUGGUGCGGUGCCUCUGUCCAGUGGUCAGACCACUCAUAUACGAAUUGGCAGGCGCCACGGGAGAUUUCUCCCAGCCAAUUCAAUAUUGAGGGGUCGUGUACUGGACAGCAGGGUAAACGCCAGUUGGAGGGCUCCUGUCAGACACCAUGGGUCAAGGGACUAGUGUGCCUCUUGAGAGUCCGUUGGGGAUUGUAAAUAAGUUAUGGAACGAAGGGAAACUCCCAGUACAGACAGGAAUGUCUAGGAGAAAGUUGUACACACUGUGUGUAAGGAAUUGGACUGGGUAUACCGCGGUAUUGGCCAACCCGGAGAUGAGGUGGCCUUCGUAUGGCUCUUUCGAACAGGCUGCCUUAAGAGGAGUAAGGAGCCAGAUCGAAAAAGACCAUCCGGGACAGUUAUGUUACUGGUUUUGUUGGGACACAGCAGCAGAGCUGUGGAGAUCUUUAAAAAUUAUGGCAGUCAGGUAUUCUCCCGAGAGUGAACCCCCUCCAUGUUAUUUCAAUGAAGAGUGUAAACCACGGCGUGUUUUGACUCGUCAGUUGGUCCCCACUGCACCUGCCCCUAUUCCUCCGCAGGGGGACUCUCUCCAGGGCGCAGAGGGGAAUCUGCAGGAUUCCAGGUCGGAAUCUCUGCAGAGGGAUGAGGAGGAAAUGGAAGGGCACACCUCGGGAGGAAGAGUUACUAGGCAAAUGACAAAGCAGAUGCAGCAGGCUGCAUACCCCUCCCCUGAGAGUAGCCCAGAGGCUGCCUCUGCCAAACCUUUUGUGAGUGAUAAAGGUGAAAGCAGAGUACUGCCUUUACAGGUGCAUGACCAACCUUUUGUGGGCAAUGAUGGCCAGUUACAACAUACUAAUAUUGUGGAAUAUAAAGGAUGGCUAGAAUGGGACUUGAAAGAGUGGGGACGGUUGUCAGGGUCCUUUGGGGAAAAUCCCCGAAAGAUCACAGAACUUUUAGAAAGAUUGUUUUCAAGUCAUAAUCCUACUUAUACGGAUGUAGAUCAGUUGUUAAGUAGAGUUUUGACUGGAGAAGAACGUAGUAGAUUGUGGAUGGCAGAAAGGACAUGGGGGGAUAGCAAUGUGGUUAAUAUGACUUGGAUGGAUAGGCGGGAUCAAGCUGCUGGCUGGAAUCCCCUAGACUGGAGUCAGCCAAGGCUGACUCAGCUGCGAAUAGAUCGAGAGCGAUUGUUAGAGAGACUCAAAGAAAUGGCUCGCCGCUCACCUAAUCAGGCUAAGUUCAUGCAGAUUCGGCAGGAAUCUGAUGAGCCACCCAGAAAGUUCUGGUCGAGGCUAUUGGAGGGGGCCCGAAUGUUCACUCAGAUGGAUCCUGAGAGAGAAGCAGACCACCCUACUCUUAUUUCGUUUUUUGUGAAUCAGUCAGUGCCCCCUGUAAGGGAUUAUUUCUUAAAGUUUCGCCCUGGUUGGGGAGGUGAGUCAGUCACUUCAGUGUUGGACGUAGCUGAUUUUGCAUGGGAGAAAGAAAGGGAAAGUAGUAAAAAGAAAGAGAAAAAGGAAGACUAUAAGUUGAUGGCUUUAGCUUUUCACGGCGGUGUUCGAGGCAGAGGCCGUGGCAGGGGAUUUCAGGGUGCUCGGGGAAGAGGGUCCUGGCAACCCCAGCCACCAGGAAAUUGUUUUCAGUGCGGACAGCCCGGUCACUUUAAGCGUGAGUGCCCCUGGGGACGCCCAGAGGGUCCAGUUGCAUCCGCAGAUACUUACACCAGGGACGAAUACACCCCUGCACCACCAGCUCAGCCCGUUCCCCAGGCCUGGAUCAACUACGGGCAACAGCAGCAGCUGCAGCAAACUCAGCCUCCUCAAUGACGGUACCCCGGGGGCGAAGGCAAACAAUGUGAUGGUCUUAUUUCCUUAAUGUCUUUAGCCGGCUCCUUCCUCACUUUCUCCCCUCCCAGCAAAGAGCCUCAUCUAACCCUUUCAGUCCAGGGACUGCCUGUCUCCUUCCUCAUUGAUACUGGAGCUACUUUCUCUCUUUUAAAUCAUGCCCCCUCUCCCUGGCUAUCCUCUGAGGUUAAAACUGCAACUGGGGUGGAGGGCAACCCACAGUCUCUGGGACUCACUUUGCCUCUAAAUGUUAUUUAUGCUGAUAAAUGUUUUUCUCACCGUUUUCUUUUUUCCCCAGCUUGUCCGAUCCCUUUGAUGGGCCGGGAUUUACUCUGUAAGCUUGAGGCUACUUUAACCUGCACUCCUGAAGGGGUAGGAUUAUUGAUGACAGUGUUAGGAGAUUCGGCCCCAACUCAGGGUAAUUGGGAAACCCCCCCCUCUCUCUCCCCUGACCUCACUGAUUUGCCUUUAACCCUCUGGGGAAUUUCUGACACUGAUGUUGGCCUGCUCCUUUCAGCAGAGCCAGUAAGGAUUCAAGUGAAACCCUCCUUAACCCCCCCGUCAGUCCCUCAAUACCCCCUGUCGUUGGAAGCCCGGGAGGGCAUCCGCCCCAUUAUCGAGGGAUUCAUUGCACAAAAGCUAGUCCGCCCUCAGCGCACCCCCUGUAACACCCCUAUACUGCCUGUCAAAAAGCCUCCUAAAAAGGAUGGAGACCCUAUUCGUUGGCGCUUUGUACAGGAUCUACGGGUUGUUAAUCAGUAUGUGGUCCCUCUUCAUGCAGUAGUUCCUGAUCCAGCUACUAUCAUCAGCCAAAUCCCCUGGGAUGCUGAGUGGUUCACUGUUAUUGACUUAAAAUCAGCUUUUUUCAGCAUUCCUGUGCACCCAGACUCUCAGUAUCUCUUUGGUUUCACCUGGGAGGGACAAAGUUAUGUCUGGCAACGACUUCCUCAAGGCUACAGAGACAGCCCCACGAUUUUCAGCCAAUGCCUCCGCCACGACUUGGAAGGCUUCACCAGUCCGCAGGGAUCCACAUUAGUCCUAUACGUAGAUGACAUCUUAUUAGGUAAUCGCGAAGAAGCUGCCCUCCGCAUCGAUGCAGAUCGACCCUGUCG